GAAUCACAUGACGAACUCCGCGGACGUGUGAAUGGCGCCGCCCUCGACUCGCAGGUGGCCGCCCGCCCGUUGAGGUCUUGAACCUCUUGGCUAUGGAUAAUAAAGGCUACCGACGUGGGAGUUUCCAGAGCAGCACCAGUGAUGAAGACAUGGUGGAGGUCGCAGGGGGAACCCUCGACUUCUCUAUGGUGGAUGAUGUGCCCCCUCUGGACAGAGAGAUGGCGGAAGGAUUCUCCUCAUAUAAUGGAGGCACGAUGAACGGCGCAAGCAAGAUGAUGGAUUUCCUGGAAGAGCCGCUGCCUGGCGUGGGGACCUACGAAGACUUCAACACAAUAGACUGGGUGCGGGAAAAGUCUCGGGACCGUGACAGGCACAGAGAGAUCACCAAUAAAAGCAAAGAGUCCACCUGGGCCCUGAUCCACAGCAUCAGUGAUGCUUUCUCAGGAUGGCUGUUGAUGCUGAAAAUCGGCCUGUUGGCAGGGGCGAUAGCAGGUUUGAUCGACAUCUCUGCCCACUGGAUGACAGACCUGAAAGAGGGUGUGUGCCUGCAGGGCUUCUGGUACAACCACGAGCACUGCUGCUGGACUUCUCAGGAAACCACCUUUCAGGACAGGGACAAAUGUCCGGAAUGGAAGACGUGGGCACAGCUUCUGACCAGCGACCAAGCAGGGGAGGCCUUUGCUUAUGUCCUCAACUACUUCAUGUACGUCCUCUGGGCACUGCUGUUCUCCCUGCUUGCCGUGUUGCUGGUCAGAGGCUUUGCUCCCUAUGCUUGUGGCUCAGGGAUCCCAGAGAUUAAAACUAUCUUGAGCGGCUUCAUCAUUCGGGGCUACCUGGGCAAGUGGACGCUGCUCAUCAAGACAGUGACCCUGGUGCUGGCCGUUUCCUCAGGCCUGAGCCUGGGGAAGGAAGGCCCCCUGGUGCACGUGGCCUGCUGCUGCGGGAACAUCCUUUGUCAUCUCUUCACCAAGUAUAGGAAGAAUGAGGCCAAGCGCCGAGAGGUCUUAUCAGCUGCUGCAGCUGCUGGUGUAUCUGUUGCAUUCGGUGCCCCCAUUGGUGGUGUGCUCUUCAGUCUAGAAGAGGUCAGCUACUAUUUCCCUCUCAAGACGCUGUGGCGGUCCUUCUUUGCUGCCCUGGUGGCAGCCUUCACCUUGCGCUCCAUCAACCCCUUUGGGAACAGCCGCCUCGUCCUGUUCUACGUGGAGUUCCACACUCCAUGGCAUCUGCUAGAGCUGGUGCCCUUCAUCCUCUUGGGGAUCUUCGGUGGCCUCUGGGGGGCCUUCUUCAUCCGCAGCAACAUAGCCUGGUGUCGGAGGCGCAAAACCACCAAGCUGGGCAAGUACCCUGUGACGGAGGUGAUUGUGGUGACUGCCAUCACAGCCAUCCUGGCCUUCCCCAACGAGUACACCCGGAUGAGCACCAGCGAGCUGAUCUCUGAGCUCUUCAAUGACUGUGGCCUUCUGGACUCCUCCCAACUCUGUGACUACAUCAAUGAUGCCAACAGCACCAAGGGGGACGAUCUACCCGAUAGAGCUGCCGGGCCAGGAGUCUACAAGGCCAUGUGGCUGCUGGCCUUGGCUCUCAUCUUCAAGGCCGUCAUCACUAUAUUCACUUUCGGCAUGAAGGUGCCUUCAGGUCUCUUCAUCCCUAGCAUGGCUGUUGGGGCCAUCGUGGGCCGGCUGCUGGGAGUGGGGAUGGAGCAGCUGGCGUACUAUCACCACGACUGGGGCAUCUUCCAUGGCUGGUGCAGCCCGGGGGCUGACUGCAUCACUCCUGGCCUUUAUGCAAUGGUGGGAGCUGCCGCCUGCCUAGGAGGAGUGACGCGCAUGACUGUGUCCCUUGUGGUUAUAAUGUUCGAACUCACCGGGGGGCUGGAGUACAUUGUGCCUUUGAUGGCUGCUGCCAUGACCAGCAAGUGGGUGGCUGAUGCCAUCGGCCGGGAGGGCAUUUAUGAUGCCCACAUCCGCCUCAACGGGUACCCUUUCUUGGAGGCCAAAGAGGAGUUCUCUCACAAGACUCUAGCAAUGGACGUUAUGAGGCCGCGGCACAGUGACCCCGCCCUGACAGUCCUCACGCAAGAUAGCAUGACCGUCGAAGAUGUGGAGGCCAUUGUCAAUGAGACCACCUACAGUGGCUACCCUGUGGUGGUGUCGAGAGAGUCCCAGCGGCUGGUGGGGUUUGUCCUCCGGCGAGAUCUCAUCAUCUCCAUUGAAAACGCCCGGAAGAAGCAAGAUGGAAUUGUGAGCAGCUCUGUUAUUUAUUUCACUGACCACUCCCCGCCGCUGCCUCCCAGCUCCCCGUCCACACUCAAACUCCGGAGCAUCCUUGACCUCAGUCCUUUCACUGUGACAGACCAAACACCCAUGGAAAUUGUGGUGGACAUUUUCCGCAAACUUGGUCUACGUCAGUGCCUGGUCACGCACAACGGGAAACUCCUGGGAAUCAUUACGAAAAAGGAUGUAUUAAAGCAUAUCGCACAAAUGGCAAACCAGGACCCGGACUCCAUAUUGUUCAAUUGAGCCCAAGUGUGGAGGAGG